UUGAAAUGGUGAUGGACCUUUUAAUUUGACUUCUCUCAUGUGGUUGCGCAACUUGGCUGCUCUUAUCUUUGAACUCAGCGUAUAACUACCCACAUUCCUUUGCUCUUCAUUAAUCGACCGUAAUGAAGUCCUCCCCUCGACCCACUUCCGCAAUUCCUCAUGUUUACUACGCGAUUUUCGCUUGCUACGAGCCUUUGCUUUGUCUCCUUGGUUUCAUUGGUGCCUCAUCGGAUCCCAAGACGACAUUCGAAGGACAAGCUCCUUGGCCUGCAGACAACCCUCCCCCGGCUGAAUUAUCGCGCGCUGGUUUAGUUACUGUGAUACAACUCGCACACGUUUGUUUUCUUGUCGGCGUCAUCAACCACUUUGUCCUCUCGGCCGCUCGCAAUCAUCUCGGUUCCUUUCCAGCGAUACAGGAAAAGGUCGUGCUGUCCCUCCUUACUCCGCUUCUCAUCGGCGAUAUACUGCACCUCUAUGUGACUAUAUGGGCCUUGGGCGACGAGAAAUGGAAUUUCAGAACUUGGAGUCCCAUGCUAUGGACAACCAUCGGAUUAGGUCUUACUUUAAUGGUACCUCGUAUCUGCUGGCAUCUGGGGAUCGGGCGCUAUGUGCACUCCAGAGAUGGUCAACAACGGGACGAUUCUUCCAGGGAUAGUAGUUCAAAAUACUCUGCUCCGAUGCACUAGGAGUUUGUCGACCGAGCAGCCUCGCCUUCGAAUUAUUAAUAUCACUAUCUGUAUUUAUUUAGUGAAUAGCCUUAAGGAGUCUUAAACCAAUAUAAUGAUUUUUACCCGUUGGAAC